AUGUUUCGCAGCAGAAGUUGGUUUGGAGCAUCAUGGGGACGGCCCAAGAAUCCACAUUCGCUAGAAAGAUUGAAAUAUUUACAUAACAUUCUGUGUAAAAACACAACAGUGUCAGAAAACAACCGAGGUACUUUGGUAGAGUCUUUAAGGUGUAUAGCAGAGAUACUGAUAUGGGGUGACCAGAAUGAUAGUUCUGUUUUUGACUUCUUCUUAGAGAAGAAUAUGCUCUCAUAUUUCUUGAAGAUAAUGAGACAGAAAUGUGGGGGAUCAUCUUAUGUAUGUGUGCAGCUACUGCAAACAUUAAACAUACUGUUUGAAAACAUUAGAAACGAAACAUCCCUUUAUUAUUUAUUGAGUAAUAACCACGUAAACUCAAUAAUAGUGCACAAGUUUGAUUUCUCUGAUGAGGAAGUGAUGGCCUAUUACAUAUCAUUCCUCAAAACACUUAGUUUGAAACUUAACAAUCAUACUAUACAUUUCUUUUAUAAUGAGCACACGAAGGACUUCCCUUUAUACACAGAAGCGAUCAAGUUCUUUAACCAUUCCGAAUCCAUGGUGCGCAUUGCUGUUCGGACGCUCACACUCAAUGUAUAUCGAGUACAGGACGCUAGCAUGCUGCGAUUUAUAAGAGAUAGGACGGCAGCUCCCUAUUUUAGUAAUCUUGUAUGGUUCAUUGGCAAACAUAUUUUGGAAUUGAAUGCGUGUGUUAGAAAUGAUGCUGAACAUUUUUCUAGCCACCAAUCACAACAAAAAUUGGAUGAUUUAGUCGCCGAACACCUCGACCACCUACACUACAUCAAUGACAUCUUAUGUCUUAACAUUCCUGACCUAAACGAUGUAUUGACGGAGCAUCUGUUGCACAAACUAUUUGUUCCUCUGUAUAUAUAUUCUCUGACAUCCGAGAGUACUAGACGAGCAACAUCAUCUUCACCUUACAAUAGAGAUCAUAUACAAAGCAUAGAGGCUAUAACAAGAAAUUUAGAAGCCAUUUUAAAAGGGAAGAAUACUGACACAUCACCAGCGAGAAUGACCUUUCCUAGACAUAGAAUGGAAACAGAAGACGAAUGUAAACCAUCGGUGUCAGGUGUCGUCUCUCUGUUCCUCUUAUCGCAAGUGUUCCUUAUAAUCACACAUGGUCCGAUCGUCCAUGCACUGGCUUGGAUCAUAUUACAAUCUGACUUAUCAGUAUUUGAGGUUGGUGCAACUAAAAUACUAGAGAUGUACAUUAGUAAUGCGAAGACCAAUGUCAAACUAGAGUUUUCUAAACCACAAUUAAGUCUAGAAAAAGCCUUAGAAACCACAUCAAGUGAGAGGGAUUAUACAACGCCAGAAUAUAGCGGCCCUAAACAUUUUGGCGACGACCUGGAUAAUACUGACCAGUCAAGUUGUGAUCUCGAUCCUGAACUAGUAUCCACCUCGCUUCCGUCCACGUCGCAUAUAAGCGAGUCUUCAAGUAUCGAUCACGAUUCGACUGAGGAUCUAGUAACUCAAGUACAAUCGAUGAAAUCCAUUAGCGCCGUAACUGUCAAAGAGAAUAUGCCCGAUUCUCCUUUACCGGAUUCCGGCAUCGAAUCUAGCUCCUCGAAAUCGAAUGAAUUUAACAACAUCACCGACGAGGAGAAACAAAAAAUGCUUGGUGUUACAUCGAGUACAUCAAAUGAACGAGUAAUUACAAUAGAGAGUAUCAUCGAUAAGGAGAAUAAAGAAAUAGAAAAAAGGCCAUUCUUAAAAACUAUAUUUGACUCAUUGGAUUGUAGCGAAAAUGACUACAAAGCGCUUUUUGCUCUCUGUUUGCUCUUCGCACUGAUAAAUAACAAAGGAGUAAAUACAGAGCUUUUAGAUACGUUAUUAUGUCCUGAAGAGGAGAUACUGUGUAGUACUAGUGAGUGUGGCUCAAAUACUCCGGUCAGCGGCUCCAGUUCUAAUGUAGAAAAUGAAGCGACAUCUAGUGAGGGUAAAACAGACGCGUCAUCUCCACCAGAUCGACGUCCAUUGCAAAGCUUUAAUGCUUUGCUUAUAUCCAAACUAAUGGCGAUAGCUAACUUGAGCUGUAAAACUGCAUCAAAAGUUCGGCUAGUCACGUUAGAAUUGAGUGUUACUCUGAUGCGUGUCGCGAUGUGCGGGACGAAAGGUGCAAGCGCGAGAUAUGCGCCCGACGUAAACGCGCUCAGGGCACGGGCUGCGUCGUUAGCGCGCAACUUUUACAAGUGCGACGAUAUCUUCCUUGAUAUGUUUGAAGACGAGUAUUGUGAGACAAGUAAACGUCCUUUGAACGUGGAAUGGCUGUGUAUGGACGCGGCGAUAUUGCUACCACCUACUCGGACACCCAUGUCUGGUAUAGCUUUCGCUAAGAGACUACCUAGCGGAGAGAUGGAAAGAGCGCGCCGAGCAAUACGCACUUUUUUUCUCAUCCGAGAUUUGUACUUGAAACUAACGGGGAAGCCUGAAACUCAGCUGCCAUUGACAAAUCCUGCGCCUUUUGUACAAGUCGGUGAAUCUCUGGACCUUAAUGAUUCUGAUCUCAUUUCUUGUGAUAUAAUACAAAAGGAUGGAACAUGGCAGCAUAGGUUUCUAGCCGUUGAUAGUAUAGAAAUCAUUUUGGUUGAACCUGACAAGCAGAGGCUCGGAUGGGGCGUCGCGAAAUUAGUUGGAAGUUUACAAGAUUUAGAAAUUCAAGGUGACAAGGAAGACCCCCGUUGCCUACAUUUAACGAUUCACAAGCCGCGUGUCGGUGCGAGCGGGGCUCUGCCGCGGACGGUACUGUUGCGAGCCAAGUUCAAGUUCGACGAUCACAUACGCAGUAUGGCCGCUAAACAGAGACUUACCAAGGGUCGUACAAAGUCCCGACAGAAGAAGAUGCAGCAGAUCGGGCGACUGCUGGAGGUGUCGGGCAUGUGCGCGCCCGCGCUGGCGCCGCGCCACCGCCCGCUCUUCGCGCGCCCCGCGCUCGCCGCGCUCGCAGCGCGCAGGUCCACAGGUGGUGAAGAUGACACAGAAAGGCGAUUACGAAGACCAAGCGCUCACAUGUUGAAAGAUGGGAUCGUUGUGUAUAGAGAACGCACUACGAGUCGAGAGAGUAGUGUAUCCCGUAGCAGCAGCGCUCAAGGCUCACGCGAAGGGUCCCCGCGGGCGCGUUCAGAAGACAUACCUAUGGAAGAAAUCAAGAGGAAUGCGGCCGCUCUUGCUGUGGCGUCCACUCCUGUUAUAUCACAGACUCAACACAGCACAUCAACGCCCCUACAAAAAACAAUAAGCUCAUCUGAAGAAACUUCAUUUAUAUCCAGCGAACCUCAGCGACCGAAACGAAAGGGGCUCGUUGAAACCAUUUGA